UUCCUCGGGAAAACCGUAUCACGUGAUUGCAUGUUGUUCACGGGUACAUGUACAACCGUCCUACGACCACCACCUCAGCAGUGCCUAAGGUUAAACCGGUUUCAAUCUGUCUGAACAGGUAGACGUAACUCCUAAAACAUGGCCGACUCAGUUGUUUGUCGUGAUUCAAAUCAAGAUGAUAUCGAGAAAGGCUACAUCUUGAAGUUCCAAAGAGGAGGCUUUUUCCAUUAUGCUGUAUACAUUGGUGAGGGAAAGGUGGUACACCAGACACAGGAUCAAGGAGUUCUUGAACAAAGACUCAUCGAGGUGAUUGGGCAAUGCAGUUUCUACAUAGAUAACAGCUUGGAUUGGAAAAUACGACCCAUGUCACCGUCCCAGAUUGUGAAGCGAGCUAUCGACAAAGUGGGGAGAAAAGGAUAUGAUCCAUUCACUAGUAACUGCGAACAUUUUGCAACCUGGUGUAGAUAUGACAUAGCAAGCUGCAGACAGAUCGGUGAAAAGAUCAAGCAGGGCCUGAUGAGUGUCAGCGAUGUUGCAUCAUUUUUAUCUUCAUCAUUCAAAGAAAGCGUGGCUGCGGCUGCUGACGUGAUCUGCACGGGCUGUACAUCUCUUUUAAAAGCCAAACGGCAAUGACAUGUCUCGACAGCUAUAAGUAUUGUUCGUAGUAGCUUUGAUCAAUGUUAUGUAAACAAUCGCUCAAUAUUAUUAAGGUAGUUAAUUGUUGUUUUGGCUUUUGACAUUCGUGUUCCUAAUCAACUUCUCAUACCUCCUCUCGUUUUCCUGGAAAUAAACUAGGUGCACAAUG